AUGCAUCUCUUUUGGCUGCUCAUCACGCUCAUUAACCUCACCUCCGCCUACCGGAGAUCGACUUCGAACCGUCAUCCCCAUUUGCUGCACCGAUCGCUCCUGCAAGCACGCUCCGCGAACGAUGUCGCUUCAAAAUUUGCAAACUUCACAUUCGAGCAAUACAUCGACCAUGAUCAACCGGAGCUCGGCACCUUUCCCCAGAGAUAUGUCGUGGACACAACAUACUGGAAUGGUACUGGAUCCCCAGUGAUCCUUUGGAUAUGGGGCGAAGGUCCAAUAGAGGAUGGCUUGAUAUAUUUCAACAAGAGUCUGGGCACAGCUGGUCUACUAGCCUCCGAGAUUGGCGCUGCGCAGGUCAUCCUAGAGCACCGAUUCUUCGGCGAAAGUGUCGUCUUUGACGAAUGGACGACGCAGAAUUUGCAGUAUCUGACGUCUGACAAUGCUAUACGAGAUGCAAUUCGGUUUGCCAAGUCUGUUCAGCUGCAUUUCAGCAACGUUACGGGCCUUGGAGAUGUACCCUGGAUCGCCACUGGAGAAUCAUAUGGCGGCGCCCUUGUAACAUGGCUUGCUCAGCUCCAUCCCGAUACUUUUUGGGCAUAUUAUGCCUCCAGCGCGACCGUCGAGGUUGUCCCUGAUAACUUCGGAUUCUAUGUGAUUGGGGAGGAAGUGUUCCGCCAGAAUUGCACAAAGGACCUUCAACUUGUCGCUGCGCAUAUCGAUGAGAUCCUGGUGAAUGGCUCCGCUGAUCAAAUACACGACAUAAAGGCUUUGUUUGGGAUGGAGACCCUGAAGGACGAUGUUGACUUCGUCACUGCUCUGGGGCGGCCUACUGCGUCGUAUUUCCCAGGUGACAACCCCGGAGGAUUUUGUGACAGGAUCGAAGGAGGCCUCGACGCCAUUGGAGGAGCUCCAGCUACUGGCAUUGGUCUGGACAAAGCCCUCGUCAACUUCGCCGCUAUAUGGAAAGCAUACUGGAAUCCUCCUCAGGCGUGCGACCAGUGGUAUGCUGCACUCGGCGUCCCUAAUCCGUGCCACGGUCAUGCCAACGCGUCGACAUGUUGCUUCGACACCCGCGAUCCGACUUCAGCUCCUUGGAGCGACACGAGACCUGACGACGUGUACUUUGGACGAGCCUACUCAUGGCUGCAAUGCAACGAGAUCGGGAUGUGGGACACUGGCGCCCCAGACGAUCGUCCCAGCAUUGUCAGCCGCCUGAUAGUUCCGGAAUAUUGGUACGCACAAUGCACCCUUCGGUUCCCUCCAGGUCCAAAUGGCGAGAUCUACGGCUGGGCUCGGGGCAUCACUCCAUCUGACCGCAACACUGUUACGGGUGGUUGGAACAUCGACUGCAGAAAUCGAAUCGUCUUCGGAAACGGGCAGUGGGACGGAUUCCGCUACUCAACUGUCGUCUCGCCUCUUCGACCUGGAGGUCCUCUUCUAACGAAUGGAAAUGCGUAUGUGUUUGACCAGAAACAAGGACAACAUGGCGAUGACUUCUUCGUCAAGUGCGGCCCAGACGAAUUUGAGUGCCCGCGCGAGCAGGACGAGAUUCGUGGGCAAUUGAGGAAGUUCGUGGAUGAGUGGUAUUCUCAAAGGAUCGAUACGGCGGGAUCGUAA